AUGAAUAGAGUAAAAUCUGUUUAUUUAAAUUCAAAUAAAUAUAUUAAAGGUGGAAAUAAUAGAUUUUUAAAUAAUAAUGGUAUAAUUAAUAAUUUUAAAAAUGGGAAUCAAAUAAAUCAAAUUAAAUCAAUUAGUAAACUUAGUUGUGGUGGUAGUGGUGGUAAUAAUAAUAAUAAUAGUUUAUCAAUAAUUAAUAAUGGAUAUAAAAUUAGAGAAAUUAGUUUUUUAAGUAAUUUAUUUAGUAAUUUUAAAAAUUUAAUGCAACAAGAAGAAGGUUAUGAAAAGAUGGUAGAUGAUAUCGAUAGAAUCUUUUUAGGUGGUAGAAUUGCAAAAAAGAGAGCAUUGGAGGAGGAAGAGAAAAGAAAGAUGGAGGAAAAGAUGGAAGCAUAUUCAAAAUCAGCGGAGCAACGUGCAAAGGAAGAGGUUGGUCUCUCAGAGGAGGAGAUUGCCGAGAGAAGAAAGGCAGAACAACUUCUCUACGAAGAGUUACUUAAAGAGAAAGAGAAAACCGAAGGUAAACAACAAGCUCAUAAAAUGCCAACAGAAAAGGAAGAGGUGUCACAAAUAGUUGCCGAUGGUAAAUUAUUAAACCCCGAACAAGAUAUUGAAUUGACCAAAAUCAAGAAUGAUAAUUUAGGUAUUCGUCCAUUACCAAUGGACCCAGAUCGUGAAGAACCAUCCUUUGAGGAAUGUCAAGAUUUCAGUUUUUUAGAAAACUUUGAAGUCGUUGAUUAUGCCCAUUUCGAGGAGGAACCAAGAGAGGGUGAAACCGAAGAGGAAAUGUGGGAAAGACAGUGGGCAGAUGGUUUUCUUACAUUUGAAGAACAAGGAUUAAUGUUACACGAGGCAUUAAAGAAACCACGUGAAAAAUUUAGAGAACUCGACCAAGAGGCACGUACAAUCGGUGGUUUAAGCUAUCCAGAGAUCGAUUGGGAUAGCUUUAUGUACACCAAAGAAGAGGUCGAAGCAUUACCACCUCAAUUAAUGGAUUUCAUUAUGACCAAAGCAAGAUUUGAAAAUCCUGAAAUCUUUGAAGAGUCCAGAUCGAAAGCCGAUGAUGUUUUAUCAAUUGGUAGAGAGUAUACCGGUCAUCCAUUGGACAGACCUGAUAAUCCAAGUUUAUAUCCUGUAGUUUCAAAAUUGUAUAGCAAUGAAUUCGUGGGUGAACGACCAAGCUCAAAGAGGAGGGAGCAGCAGGAGGAGGAUGAUGGCGAGGAAGAGUUGCUUUUCCAAGAUAUGAAACCAUUCUCUGGAUCUCUCUUUAAAAAUAGAUCACCUUAUCCAUGGUAUAAAGAUUUAGAUUAUCACAUUCCAAGAUUAUUAUGUGCCAUUGUUCAUCUUGGUAGAUUCUCAUCACCACCAAAUUACUAUCUUAUGAGACUUUUUGAAAAAAGUAAAAGAGAAAUGUAUAAUAGAAAUGCAGCUCAUUUAUUCAAGGUCUCUGCACCCGGUAUGGAUUAUAAAAAAGUACUUUCAGAGGCUCUUUUAUAUUUCCUUCCAAAUUUCUUUUAUCACUUUUUCCAAGGUAAUCUAAGAGAAUUAGAACAAUAUACAACUGAAGGUGGUUUAGAAAGAGUUACAACUAUGAUUUCAAGAUUAGAAGGUCCAAAUAGAAUUUUAUGUGGUGAUACAAUUAAAGUUGAUGGUAUGAAAGCUUUUAGGUUUGCUCCAAAUGAUGAUGGUGGUAUUGGUUUAGUAUUUAUUACUUCAGUAUUCCAUACACUUGCUUAUAGAGAUUAUAAUGGUGAUAUGAUUCCAUUGAAACCUGAAUUUGAAGAAACUAUGUACAAAACUAAAUUCAAAGUUGGUUUACGUUGUGAUCCUUCAAAAAAUGAUUUUGGUUGGACUGUUUUUGCUCUUAGUAGAGGUCCCGCCCAAAAUAUGGAGAAGUUUAUGAAAGAAGCAGAAAGAAAGAAAAAAUUAAAAGAAGAAAAAGAGAGAAGAGAAAGAGAAGCAAAAGAGAAAGGAGAAAAAAUAAAAGAAAUCGGAAAUGAAAAUGAAAAUGAAAAUGAAAAUAAAAAUAAAAAUGAAAAUGAAAAUGAAAAUGAAAACGAAAACGAAAAUGAAAAUGAAAAUGAAAAUGAAAAAGAGAAAGAGAAAGAGAAAGAGAAAGAGAAAGAGAAAGAGAAAGAGAAGGAGAAAAAAGAUAACUAG